AUGGCGCGACGACGACGUCCCCCCCGUCCGGGCGCCCUCACCGAACUCCCACCACUCAAGAUCCUCUCUCAAAUCCUCCUUUUACAGACGAUAUACUAUACAGUCGCAUUCGCUCUCAUCCUCUUCACAGCGCUGGUAGCAGGGCGACAUUUUAAUUUAGAUAUGGUGCUUGAUUGGAGACGGUUGAGAGGGGACACAACAGUUGGAUGGAUGUUGGGGCUGGUGUGGUUGUUGAAUUCAUUUAUUGGUGUAAUUGCGAUCCUCUUCUUCAUAGCCCGCUCGAAACUAGUCCCCGAUUUCGCCAUAACCCUCCACGUAAUCCACCUCCUGGUAACAUCGUUUUACUCGCAUUCAAUACCGCGGAACUGGCUAUGGUGGGCGCUUCAAGUAGUAAGCGCAGGCAUGAUGACGAGUUUAGGGGUUUGGAGCUGUCAGUGGAGAGAAUUACGGCCUAUUACAUUUGGUGGUUCGAGUGCGGCGCAACCCUCGAGUUCAGAAACAGCAGCGUCACCAAAUACUGGGGAGGCAGGCGAUGAAGAACAAGGCUAUGGGAGGGGUCGAGGGAGAGGGCGCGGUAGAGAUGGCGCUGGGGAAUAUGAGAUGGUGGAUAGGAAUCCGGAAGCCGAGGCGGCGAAAUAA